AUGAGUGUUCGUGUUAUUUUUAAGAAUGCCAAUUCAGGCGCCGCAAUGGACGGACUACCUCAACUACAUUGCCUCAAACAUCUGCACCGAAAGCAAUGUCCUUUUGAUCAGACAGUAAUCCAGGCGGAGCUUGAAGAGCUAGUAGUAAAUACAGCUCUACUACAAUUAGCGGGGUAUGCACCACCUGCACAACCUUAUCACCCACCUUGUAUUCAGGCUUUGCCAGAGCAUGACAGGCAGGCAUAUGACGCUAUUGUGCGCUGUCUUGAACAUCUCGCCAUAUACCUAAAGCUUUGUGGAAGUGCUAGCAAUAGCAUGACAGGUAAUAGAUUAUCGAGACCAAUGCAGCGUAAACUAGUAACAUUAUUACAAUGCGCUAUGACAGACGAAGAGGGCCGGGGUAGAGCAGCGCGAGCUGCUAGGUCUCUAGGCGAGAGAACUGUGACUGAACUAAUAUUACAACAUCAAAACCCUCAACAGUUAAGUGCAAAUUUAUGGGCGGCUGUGAGAGCUCGAGGGUGUCAGUUUCUUGGCCCAGCAAUGCAAGAAGAAGUUCUUAAAUUAGUGUUAUUAGCUCUAGAAGAUGGGUCAGCCUUAUCUAGAAAGGUUUUAGUGAUGUUUGUAGUCCAAAGAUUAGAGCCUCAUUUUCCACAGGCUUCUAAAACUAGUAUAGGUCAUGUUGUCCAGCUUCUGUAUAGGGCUUCUUGUUUUAAGGUAUCAAAACGCGAAUGUGAUUCUUCAUUAAUGCAAUUAAAAGAAGAGUUCCGUACAUAUGAGUCAUUACGUCGUGAGCACGAUGCACAAAUCGUUCAAAUAGCGACAGAAGCUGGUCUGAGGAUUGCCCCUGACCAAUGGAGUGCCUUGCUUUAUGGUGAUACAGCGCAUAAAAGCCACAUGCAAAGUAUAAUCGACAAACUACAAACUCCGCAAUCCUUUGCGCAAUCGGUUCAGGAAUUGUUCAUAGCACUCCAAAGGACGGGGGAUCCUGCGCAACUUGUUGUCAUGAGUUUACAUUUAGACCGCCUCGCGAAUAUUGAUGCAAGUCCAGACGCCAAGAGUCCUUCGUGGCAGCAGUUGGCCGAAGUGAUAACAUCCAUCAAAGAAGUGGUGUCAGGCUUGAUACAUUAUUUGCAACAACAAGCCACUGGUCGUGAUUCAAACCAUAAUCAGAAACAUAAUAUACAAGAUCGGUGUCCAGAACCUUCUACAACAGGUCAAACAUUAUCACAGACUACAGUUACAACUCCUACACAUGUUAAGUACAAGAUGUCGAUGUGCCGAGAUUCUGCUACCAGGUCUUUUUGUCCAAGAGGAAAUUCAUGCACCUUCGCUCACUUUGAUGACGAAAUAGAAAGGCAUCGAAAAAUGACAUGUACGAACCAAGGGUCGACGAACGGAAACUACACGUAUGUAACACAAUUGUCAAAUGUGGCAAUGCCAACGAUGCCGCAACCGAUACCCCUUCCACCCCAGCCGAUGUACCAGAGAUAUACGAUACCGCCACCACCGCUACCUCAACACCCUCCUCUACCGCAUUUGGAUAAUUAUAACGUACCGCCAAUUUCAGCAAUACCACCUCCCGCUAUUCCUCAAGAAAUGCUCCAGAAUGCUGAAUACACAGCGGAAAAUCCCCGAAGUGAUGUAAUACCGACCUCCAACUAUCCAACAAUGAUGCCAAAUCAAGUGCCUAUGGGUCUCAAUCAGAACGGUAUGAUAAUUCCUAUUCCCGAAAGACCCUUCUAUCAAAGCAGCAUUAUGCCGAACAACCUUCAUUUCCAAAGGCCCGAGUACGUAGGACCGGUAUUCCCGUGUCUGAACACGACUGCUUCCAUCGGCGGAUAUCAGAACCAGGAUCAGAAUGUAUCGACACAGAUUUCAAACAAUAUGUUCGUGCCGGUUCAACAUGAGCCAUCCAGAAGCAGUCCCUAUUCAUUUGAUGAUCUGCCAUCAGAACUGCUGCCAGACUACCGAGUAAAGCCGCUCGGUUUUGGACACGAAACAAGGGAUCGUCGUCUAGAAACCUCGUGGUCGCCCACCAACAAUGUAUUCAAUUUUGGAGGUAUGAGGAAUGCACUAAAUUCUACAGGCGCUGAUGAUCUAUUUACAGUUCCCGGGGACAGACGUGCAGUAGGUGCUGACAGACUUGUGGGCGUUGCAAAUGCUGUCUCAGAAUUUUCUAAUCGAGCAGAUGAUGAACUGGAGGAAGAGCUGUUGGCGUUGGAGCGUCGGAUCGACACGGAGUUUAAGAGUGCUGACUAG